AUGAAGACUUCAUAUCGUCAACGAUUUUCUCAAUCGUAUUCUUCUCCAUAUACUUCCCCGUCAGAAGAUAUAAGAGCCGUAGUUGCAAUUGAUUUUGGGACGACAUACAGCGGCUUCGCUUAUGCAAACAAGGUUUCUCCCAGAGAAAUUGAGAUAAAUUCACGAUGGUCAGGGAGGGAAGGACUUCCAAAAACAAAUACUGUAUUGUUAUACGAUAGUACUUGUACUGAAGUCUUGAAAUGGGGCGAACCCGCGUUAGUUCAUGAGCCAAGGAGAAAUAGAAAUAAUGUUAGGGAAUUGGGUUCACCACUUCCACCGCAACAACAUGUUGCUGAAAAAUUCAAAUUACACCUAGACGAAAAUGCCGAGAGGUUAUUUUUACCGCCAAAUUUAGAUUAUAGAAAGGCUAUUUCUGAUUAUCUAAGAAAAAUGAAAGGAGUUAUAGAAGAAACGCUUGAUAAGCGUUGGCCAGGCCUUAAAUUAUCACAAGUAUUAUUUGUUUUAUGUGUACCUGCGGAAUGGAAACCGCAUACUAAAGCUAUAAUGCGCGACUGCGCAUACAAAGCUGGAUUGUUAAACGACACCAUUGAAUCACACUUGGAGUUUACAACAGAACCGGAAGCAGCAGCACUUCAUUGCUUAUCAGUUAUUGAGGAGCACAACUUAAUUGAAGGAGAUACGUAUCUUGUCGUUGAUUGUGGUGGUGGAACAGUCGAUCUCACAAUGAGAACGAUACAGUCGGGCAAAAAAUUAAAAGAAGAAACCGAACGAACUGGAGAUCUAUGUGGAAGUACAUAUGUAGAUCAAGAGUUCAUAGAUUUUAUGGGCCGCACAGUAGGAUUUACUGCCUUACAAAGGCUACGAUCAUAUGCUUACGGUGACUUACAAAAACUUGUCCAUAGGUUUUUUUGUGAGAAUGUAAAGCUUCCGUUCACUGGAGAUCCCGACGAAUUCGAAACCAUUGAAUUGGAUCUCGAGAGACAGUGCCCCUCAUUGAUUAAAUAUAUCACAGGGGCAGAAAGAACUAAUUUAGAAAAUAAUGAAUGGAUUAUCGAAUUAGAGUUUGAAACUGUGAAAAAAAUGUUCGAUCCAGUAGUCGAAAAAAUCAUUAAACUGAUAAAUGAUCAGUUGCUAGAUCUUAAGGAACACCGUAAAUGUAUGGCAAUGUUUUUGGUCGGAGGUUUCAGUGAAUCUCCAUACUUAAGAAAACGUAUCAGAGAAAGAUUUCAAGAGCGUGUACCUAUCAUUGCGUCUCCUCGACAACCGAUAGCGGCUAUCGUUAAAGGCGCUGUAAAAUACGGAUUAGAUAUGAGCAUUGUCGAAAGUCGAGUCUUGAAAUGGACUUACGGAGUGGAAGUAAAGGCAGACUUUGACAUUCGGAAUGAUCCACAAAGACUUCGAACCAAUGAUAAUAAAAUCUGGAAGUUUGAUCUUCUCGCAGUUCGCGGAGCACCCGUUGCAGUCAACCAGACUUUUAGUAAAGAAUAUAAACCAUUAGGUGCUAACCAAACAAUGGCUGUAUUUCAAGUAUAUAUUACAAAGGAAACGAGACCAAGAUACAUUAAGGAUGCCGGAAUGCGGAUACUUGGUACCCUAAAAAUUGCUUUAUCUAGAACGCCAUCAUUAGGACGAGAACGUCCUGUAGAAUUUGGUUUGACCUUUGGUACGAUGGAAAUAAAAGCCACGGCUAAAAAUAAAGUAACAGGUGAAAUAUAUCAUACAACUUUCGAGUUGGAUGUUAAGGGUAAAAAAUAA